AUGACCGGACUCCUCCAUCUCCCACCGGAGCUGGUCGAAGAGAUUUCGUCCCUACUCGACCCUACCGAUUUGUGCGCAGUCAGAUUGACCUGCAAGGCGCUUAACACGACGACCUUUUCCCCUUUCUGGAAAAGAACUCUACGCACCAUCAAAACAGACCUCUCUUUUACGAGCUUACAGAGACUGUCAGCCAUAUCAAGUGACACCCAGCUGCGUCGCUAUGUACAAAAGCUCACCAUCAGAGCAUUUAACAGGGACGAAGGAGUGCUUGGGAAGGGAUGCCGGUGGGAGCGUCAUUCGUCUGGUCAUAUAAUCAAUAUGCAUAAGCAGCCUGCGGGGCAGAAGCUCGAUCGGAUCCUCUGUCAUUUCAUCAACUGCAAUUCAAUUCAAAUCGAGACUACAUCCACUGAGCGUCCAGAACCUUUGAAUAUUUUCACUGCUACUGAUGCAAUAAUGAUCAUAAUGAACAUCAACAAAGAAGCUGGGCUUACCAUCAGGUCAUUUACGUUGGACAUUUUUUUCAUGGGUAUGGGGGAUGGUGAUCAGGAGCUGGCAAAUCUGGACCCUAGGCGACUACAAUUAUCCGAAGCCCACUACGUCGCGAUGGGGGCAAAUCUCGAAGAGUUGGAUGUAAGAUACAGGCCCGACUCUGAUCCCGCUAACGACUGGCCGUUGAACGUGAUGCUGCACGCCCCGGGGCUUCGUAAAUUGCGUCUCGCAUGCCAUGCUAUGGAGAGGGUUUCUUUCCCAAUCUUUACACUUCGCCUCGCAUUGAUGGAUCUUCCAUGUCAGCAUUUACAAGAGCUUGAAUUCUUCUCAAUUUACACCCCGAUCGAAUAUUUCAUCGCUCUACUCCGAAAAUUUAAGCAAAGUCUGCGGGCUCUUAAACUACAGGCUGUGAGGAUUAGGUCAACACUAGAUGAUUUAAAACAAAUGUUUCGAGCCAUGGGCACCUUCCCUGCUCUGGAGACAAUCAAUGUCAAAUUAAUAGAAUCUGGUCCGUCCGGAUGGAGGAGUAUACACUUUCCAGCGGUUGCUCAGAAGCCAGUAGUAGAUGAAGCACAGGGUACAACAAUUGGAUUCGAUGAGUGGCCACACUAUAACGGUUUAUCAUGCGUGGAGUACUCGGGGCCAAAUAUGAACGUCGCCUUGAAUAUCCUUGCAGAAGCAAUGAAGUUUACCUCUGAAUGGUGA